AUGAAUACGUUGUCAAAUAUCCCGUUUCAAAUUGCAUCAACGUUGAUCCUGUUACUCUUCAGCAAUGGGAUCCACGCUCAGAAGGAAGAUAGACGCCCUCUAUCCUCACCUGAUUUAGGAUGGCGAAUCACGACCGAAUCUGGGAGCAAGUCUGCUAUCCGAGUGGUUUGUGAUUAUGGAGACACCUUCACGAAGUCCGGUAGCCAUUACACUUGCUGCCCGGAAUCUGCGACGACUCCGUGUUUGCUCCCGACAAGUUGUUCAGGCAACACCCUUCUCUUCGCUGAUGACACGACCAAGGAUUGUAAGAACGAUAUAUGCGCUUCGCUUCUCAUAUACGAAAGUGCACCAUCGCAGAAUCCACUCGGAACGCAGCUGGUCUGUAGGUAUGGUGAGCUAGGGGACAGCUCACCAUGGACAGUGUACAGGAAUUUUCCUGAGACUACUGCAUUCGAACCUCCGCCCAACCACAGCAGCAACAAGGCCUGGAUAGCUGGCGGAGUCGUUGGAGCAAUAGCUAUUGCGGCCCUCGUCGGGUUCCUGGGAUUCUGCAUUGCCCGUCGAAGAUUACGACAGAAACCAGCAUCAUCGAAAGAUGAAGACACGGUUCCUGUUAACCAGCCUUCGGUUGAUGAUAAGGAUUUUAUGUAUAAAGCUCACCAGGCGGUGGAAUUGCAUAGUUACGAUCGAGCGGAGCUUCAUUUUGACCAGAGUCCUGUGGAGCUGAAUCAUUACGGGAGCAAUGUAGUGGAAAUGCCGACGCAGCAGGAUCGGGUCUUUGUGGCGGAAUUGGACGGGGACCCCGUACGGCGGUGA